UGCCACUCCUGAAGACAUUCUGGACUUCCUUCAAUGCUCCUCAGAACAGGCGAUUGUGAAAUGGUGCCUGACCGCAUACGGAAAAUAGAAAACAGAGAUGCUGCAACUGGAGAAAGUUACCCAUUAAUCUGAAAGCAGAUAUUUUAACUGUUUGUUAAUCGCCAUUGUCUGCAUGUUUCUGCCUCAACCACAGAACUUUCAUAUUAAACAAUGGAGAACGGUAGCAAGUGGUGGUUUCUCAUUGCAGUGAUUAUAUAUCUGUCUUUUCCUUCAAGCUAUGGAAAUAAGAGAAUGGACAUCCACAGCAUGCACAUCCAGAGCAAAGUAACUUCCCGAUUUGCCCGAACCUUAAUAACUACCAUGAUGAGAAACUUUCUCAACUCUUCUCAAGAGGCAAUCUUCGAUGUGGAGCUGCCAAAGACAGCGUUUAUCACCAAUUUCAGCAUGACUGUGGACAAUGUAACAACGGUUGGGACGGUUACACGUAAGGAAGAAGCAAAGAGACAGUAUGAUAAAGCUGUUUCCAAAGGGCAGAGUGCUGGUCUGGUCCAAUCUACAGGAAGGAAAAUGGAACAUUUUAAAGUCUCUGUGAAUGUCGGGGCUCUGGCGACCGCCACAUUUAAACUGACCUACGAAGAAUUAUUGAAGCGUCACCUUGGAAACUAUGAAUUACUCCUGAAAGUUAGACCAAAAGAGCUUGUUGAAAACUUUCAAAUCAAUGUGGACAUUGCGGAACCGCAAGGAAUAAGCUUCCUGAAGGCCGUCGGAACGUUUAUCUCUAAUGAACUAUCGGAUAUGGUUAAAGUAAACUUGACAGAAAACAAGGCUCACAUAGAAUUUAUUCCGACGGUGGACCAACAGCGAAACUGCCCUAAUUGCUUGGAGACACAUCUAGACGGGGACCUUGUAAUAAAGUAUGAUGUGAAGAGGGACAAUUCUGCUGGAAAAGUGCAGGUCGUCAAUGGAUAUUUUGUGCAUUAUUUUGCCCCUGCCAGUCUCCAGCGGAUGCCCAAGAACGUGGUGUUUGUUAUUGACCGCAGCGGCUCAAUGCAUGGGGAUAAAAUAAAACAGGCGCAGGAAGCCUUCAUAAAGAUACUGGAUGAUGUGCCAAGAGAAGACAGAUUUGGCAUUUUAUUAUUUGACGACAAAGUGAACGUCUGGAGGAAGAAACUUCUGAAAGCAACUCCAGCCAACAUUAGCAAGGCAAAAGAGUUUGUACUGAGCAUCGAUGCAAGGGGAGGUACAGACAUCAAUAAGGCUUUACUCGAUGCAGCAAAAAUGCUCACAGAUGCCGCGGUUACUAAUGAACAAUCGGAAGUGAGAGCUUCCAUAUUAUUAUUCCUAUCAGAUGGAGAUCCGACAUCAGGUAUUACCAACCACAAACAAAUCAUAGAAAACCUCAAACAGUCUCUAGGGGGUAAAGCUACGCUGUACUGCCUGGGUUUUGGCAGCGAUGUUGAUUAUAACUUUUUGGAGAAAUUAUCCUUAGAAAAUGGGGGACUGGCUCGCCGUAUAUAUGAGGACUCGGACUCUGCCUUACAGCUACAGGGUUUCUACAAUGAAGUGGCGCACCCAAUGCUUUUAAACAUUAACCUGGAAUAUCUGGAUAAUUCUGUGGAUCAUGUAACCCAGAGCAGCUUCAGACAUUAUUACCAGGGCUCGGAGAUUAUAGUAGCUGGACAUGUAAUCAGCGCCAGUCUGCAGAAUCUCACAGCGCAGGUCACUGCACAAGGAGCGGCUGAGCCCUACUCAGUGACCGUGGACACUCCUAUAGAGGAAGAGGAUGAUGCGGCCAGUGAGCAGAGUUACAUUUUCGGGGACUUCACAGAGAGACUGUGGGCUUACCUGACCAUAGAGCAGCUGCUGACAAAACUAAUUUCAACGGAGGGUGAUGAAAAACAUCGGGUAACGGAGAAAGCCCUCAAUCUAUCCCUGAAGUACAAUUUUGUGACGCCAUUGACCUCAAUGGUUGUUACACCACCCGAGGAAGAGAAGGAAAAUAAGCAACUUGUGGCCAAUAAGCCACGUGAAGGCAGUCAGACAGAUUACGACUUUCGCGAUGCACAAAUGGUGGAUCGAGUUGUACAUCAUUAUGGACAUCAGUAUGACUAUGGAGAGGAAAUGGAAGAUCAUGAGAUAGAUAUGUCUUUAGUUCCCGACAUGUUCAUGAGAGGGCCCAAAGUAGGAGGAGGAAGAGUGAAUUCUGAUGAUGAAGUAGAAGCAGGAACUGCAAGUAGCACAAUCUCUGCAACUCACUCGCCGCCACCUUGUGAGACAUUCCAAGCCCUGAUUAGAGAUUUCCGCGCCCGUGACAGAAUUUGUUUUAAAAUUUUGCAAGCUCAAAAUAUGACUGUGAACCUACUGCAUGAGGCAAGUACAGGUGUCACAAUAAACAGUUACCUGGAGCCACAUGCCGAUAGUGUUACAAGACUUGGGCUUCUGCAUAACAAAAUGAGGCUGACAGUGGACGUCACAGCGCACAAUAUUACCGCGACACACGAUGGAGGCGUCACCACCUACGGCUGGGAUUCAUCCUUUGAAAAAACUGGAUUUGUGAAAAAAGAUGGUGGACAACUAUUGGUGACUGUGAAAGAUGGAGUCACUGUGACAAUUCACCGAUCUGGGGCAUCCUUUUAUCUCUCUGCAACCAUAGAAAAUAACUAUCUGUCAUCAAAUGAUACAACGGGGAUGAUUGGUCAGUUGCUGAGAAGUGACAAAAUAUCUUUUCAAUCCAAACAUCUCGCUGCUGGCGACCAGAUUCUUCCACUACGCAGUUUAACGAAUUGCGACUUUGCGCAAUAUGGAGAUAACCGUGGCGGAGACUGCUUAUUAGUCGCUCUCAGCACGAACGAGUUACUCACCGGAGCCAGCGCCAUGGUACCAGACAUCUUUCAUGUCCCAGAAUGAUGCGGAUGUGACAAUGCAAUGUGCCGCAGAUUCCGGCGCAGUGUCGCUAGGAAUGAUCUCCCCUUUCUGUCGGGAAAAACUUUAAAUAUGAGGUUGGGAAACUGUAUCAUGUGCUGGGAAUGUCGGGAUUUUUAUAAAAUUGUUAUGUAUGGAAAACAACAACAGCACGAUUAAUGGGAAAAAAAAAUACAGUAUAUUUGUAUUUCUGUUGUUAGGAGAUUACAAUGUCAGUCGGAGAAGUGACAAAAGAAUAAACGGAGACUGGAGUUGUG